AUGAAAAAAAUUGGUAGUAACAAAAACUCAAGAAAAAAGUGGCUAUAAAUGUGCGCAGAAAUCUUCACACUCGAGACAUUCACACUCUUCGUGCUCUCCGCCACCAUUUCUUCUUUCCUCUUCUCAAAUUUUCAGAUCCAUUUCAUUUUUCCUCUUCCUUUUCAUCCCAUGGCUUCUUUCACUGCUUCCUCUGUUUCCAUCUCCUCCGCCUUUUGCUCCUUCAACCAAACCCAGGGUUCUAAUUUGAGGAAGGCGUCAGUUUCCUUCAGCGGAAAGAGCUUCCCUUCUCAGAGGCUUCCAUUGCCUCGUUUCCAAAUUUCCUGCGCGGCCAAACCUGACACAGUCAAUAAAGUGGUUGAAAUCGUGAAGAAGCAAUUGGCUCUUCCUGAUGAUCGACAGGUCUCUGGAGACUCGAAGUUUCAAGUGCUUGGUGCUGAUUCUCUUGACACGGUGGAGAUUGUGAUGGGACUGGAGGAGGAGUUUGGGAUAUGCGUUGAGGAAGAGAGUGCUCAGAGCAUCACUACCGUUCAAGAAGCAGCAGAUCUCAUCGAGGAACUCCUGGAGAAGAAAUGAUGAACGACGGCUUCAUCUCUUGUAGGUUUGUGCUUGGUACGAGGUAGUACUUGGUUAGAGAGGGGAAAAACGCGAUAAUCUAUCCAGCUUUUAUUGUGCUUGCUUUAUUUCAUCAAAAUGAACUGGCUUGCUUUCAUUUGCAGCUACCGUCAUUUUUUUUUUCUUCGACUUGCUUCCAAUGGAACGAUGUUUAGUAUCAUCUGAAUGCAAUCUUAUUAUUACAAAAGAUUUAA